AUGCUCUCCGUGUUGCUCUUCACUGCUCCCGUUGCUGCUAACUUCUUCAACUUUUUCGGAGGCCACCAGGCCCAGCACCAGCAACAGCCGCUGGGUUCCGUCAACAGCGCCCACGAACACGAGAACGUCGUCCUUAACUUAAAGUGCAAUGGCUACGUGUGUCCCGAUACCGGCAUGUGUGUCAACGGUCCUAGCGAGUGCCCCUGUCCUUACCCGGGCUCCCAGUUGCGGUGUCCGUUGGAGAACGGCGACUAUCUCUGUGUGCUGAAGCCGCCGAUCGAGAACGUGUACGACGACGACGCCACCAACUGGCAGGUCGACGCUGGCGAUAACGAGAUCCGCGACUGUGGCUGGGUCAAGCGCGCGUUCAAAGGGUUAUUGUGA